AUGUCGGCCUUGCAGUGUGUGCCGAUCGACGACAAGCGGUGGCGCCCCGUCGCUGGCGGCGGCGCGCCGCUCUUUAUGAAGCGCGUGCGCGUGCGCGGCCUGAAGAAGAAGCCCGAGCUCAACGGCCUCUUCGGCACGGCGGUCGAGUACUUCGCCGCGACCUGUCGCUAUGGCGUCAGCGUCGAGGGCGGCGGCGCGGGCAAGGUGUCGAUAGCGGCGGCGAACCUCGAGCUCGUGGGUUGUCUCACCCAGGCGCAGCUCGGCCGCGCCAUGAUGCUCGGUCGGGUACAGAAGGCCGGGCCACCCGCGCAGCUCGCAGUGCCCAAGCACGAGCCGCGCAAGGCGAGCGUCGCCGCCUCCGACGGCAGCCUGCUCGGAGCGGUGCGAGCUAUGCGGAUCGAGGAGCCGAGCCUCGGCAUCAAGGCCCUGAGCAAGCGCCUCGUCGUGGCGGGGCAUGAGGCGGGCGCCAAGGAGGUGCGCCAGGCCAUCGCAGAGCUGCGCAGGCUGGAUGAACAGCCGCUGCCGCUCGUGCGCGCCGCGGCGGAGGACAUCUCCGACCUCAACGACGACGAGCUGUGCGUGGUGCUGUCGUACCUGCCGCGCACCGAGCACGCCGCGCUCACCUGCGUCUCGCAGCGGUGGCGCGCGCUCACCCGCAACGAGGCGUUCAUCGCCGUGCGGCGCGAGCGUCCGGAGAUGUUCGUGAUGGCGAUCGCCGGUAGCUACGACUUGUGGGGGAGCAAGCGCAGCAACACCAUGGACUCGCACGCGCGCGUCUCGGUGCUCGUGGACGGCAAGGAGUGGAUGCAGGCGGACUCCCUGCCCGAGCCCACCGACAUGCACUGCGCCGUGGCGUGCGACGAGGAGGUGUACGUCUUCGGCGGCACGCACGGCCAGUCGCGGCAGUUCAUGAUGACCAACCCGCCGCCGUGUGCGUGCGUGAUGGUCUACUCGCCGCGGCGCAACGAGUGGCGCCCCACGAUAGGCCUGAGCACCAAGCGCUGCCUGCCCGGCGCGGUGGCGUGCCGUGGCAAGGUCUACGCCAUCGGCGGCAUGGACACGACCUUCAAGAAGGGCGGGUGGGCGGGCGACGCGAAGGACAUGUCGCACUGCGAGGUCUACGACCCCGCCGACCCCGACUGGUGUGCGAUCCCGCCGAUGCCGUACGCAUGCAACUCGGGCCGCUGCGUCGCCGUGGGCCACAAGAUCUACGUGAUGGGUGGCAUGAUCGACGUCGCCGACGACGGCCACCACUUCGGCGCGGUGCAGAUCUACGACACGAAGCGCCGCCGCUGGAGCGUGCUGGACCAGGAGAUGCCCAUCCAGGGCGGGCAGUGCUUCUUCGACGGCGAGCGGAUCCUUGUGCUCGGUGGCGUCACCUCGGAGGAGCGCCCGCCGCCCCGAAACAUCCCGGUCAAGGUCAACUUCAAGGCGGAGGUGCGCAAGGCGCACAAGCGCGCGAGCUCCCUCAGCUUCCUGGGCGAGAAGUCGGAGGAGCUCCGGCCCGCGCCCAAGAAGCACCUCGGCUGGUACCUGUACCUCGACGAAGGGCGGGCGACCACCGCCGCGACGGGCCGCUGUCCCUCCUUCGCCUGCGCACAGUGCGGCGCCGAGUCCGGCCAGGGGGCGCGCCGUCUGCAGAAGUGCAGCGUGUGCAAGGCGGCGCACUACUGCAGCACCGAGUGCCAGAAGCUGCACCGCAAGCUGCACAAGCCGCACUGCAAGCCCAUGUGGGCGACGCACCCCGGCGUCAUCCGCGCGGCCGACGACCCGCGGCUCAACUAUCGUAUCGCCACCGACACGUGGGAGAAGGACCCGGAGCGGGAGAGCAUGACCGACCACCGCAACGCGGCGGAGAUCGUCGCAAUGCAGCUGCCGUUCUGA